UAUCCAUUCUCUAGUUCCCAUACCCAAAAAAUGGUCAGACGAAGAGAACAAAAUUUUAAACAAGGCUUCUAGCAUUUUCGUCUUAAACCCAACUUUCUUAUCGUCCGUCACUCGCUGAAACAACCCUAAAUCUCACAAACCGACUUCUCCUUCUGAUGGCAUGUCAAAUUCAAGCUUCACGCAUCUUAACAUCAUCAUCGUCAUCAAUCAUCGAAAUUGAUAAAGGUCGAACCUUUAUGACAAAUGUGUUACACACAAGGAUCAAUCCCAUGAAAAGUUUUCAGAUUCGAAGACCGAAUCAGAGAAUAGCGUUUGCGUUAGACACAGGCUCUUCAGUUCCUCCUCCUGGUCCUGGAGACAACGGAGGAGACAGAACAGGUCUAGGUAGCACUAGACUAGGCAGAAUCGCGGUUGCGUUAGGCAAACAGCUGCUUGUGAAGAUAAACUCCGCAAGACAAAACUUUCCCAUGAAGAUAUUUCUGCUGCUUCUUGGUUUCUACACUGCUAAUGCAUUGGCCACCAUUCUUGGCCAAACCGGUGACUGGGACGUGCUUGUUGCGGGUAUCGUCGUGGCUGCCAUUGAAGGAAUCGGUAUGCUUAUGUAUAGGAAGAAGAAGAAGCCAUCUUCUUCUUCUUCUGGGAAGAAGUUGCAGUCUUUUGUUGUCUUUAUGAAUUUCUGGAAAGCUGGUGUUUGUUUGGGUCUCUUUGUUGAUGCUUUCAAGUUGGGUAGCUGAAAAUUUUAUAGUCCUUUCUUUCUUUUCUUCUACAGUAUGAAUAUAAAAAAAAAGAGAACCUUUGAUUAGAGUCACAAGUGUAUCAGUUGCAACUAGAGUUUCAGUUGUCUGAGAAUGCAAGUCCUGUUCUUUGCACUAA